AUGUGGGGAGUAUGGGUGAUCGGACAACAUUUAUCUCCACUAGUUAAAAAGGGGAACCCUUCUCCUUUAAGAUUAGCCAAGUUUGAAACAGAUCUUCUCUCAUGGAUCACAAUAUUAGAUGCCUAUAAAGAUGGUGGCAUUCUUAAGAGAGUAGUGAAGAAGGGGGAUGAAACAGGACAACCUUGCGAUUUGGAUGAGGUUAUAGUGAAGUAUGUAGUGAAGCUACCCGAUGGUGUUAUAAUUUAUGAAUCACCAAAAGAAGGUGUUGAGUUUUACUUGAAAGAUGGGGUUACAAUUACAUCACUACCCAAUGGUUUCUCUCCAAUUCCACCAAAUUCUAUGCUUCAUGUUGAAUUGGAAUUGGUAUCUUUCAAAUCUGUAGUUCAUAUGACAAAUGAUUCAAAGAUGAUUAAGAAAAUACUAAAAGAGGAUGAAGUUAGGUAUACAGGUAUGCUAGAAGAUGGAACUGUGUUUGAGAAAAAGAGUUUUGAUGCAGAUGAAGAACAAGUGAUUUGUGGGUUAGACCGAGGUGUUGCAAGAAUGAGGAAGCGGGAGAAAGCAAUAUUAACAAUCAAUCAUGAAUAUGGUUAUGAAAGCCAAGAAAUAAAUUGUGAUUUGGCUGAAAUUCCUCCUUUUUCAAAUUUAAUUUAUGAAGUUGAAAUGAUCCAAUUUUAA